AUGUGUCCUCCAACCGACUCGUCACCUCCCUCUCCCCCAGGGAACUCCAACACCCCCUUCCCCUGGCACAUCGGCCUCUUCGACGCCCACUGCCAUGCCACAGACACCAUGUCCAGCAUCCCUCUCAUCCAUUCCAUGCGCGCCCGCGGCCUAACCAUUAUGGCGACGCGUUCUCAGGACCAAGCUCUGGUCGCCGAGGUUGCAGCAGAGCAUGGCGUUUCCAACAGGGAAGCACUCUCAGCUGAGACAGAGGGAAAGGGGAAGGGAAAGGGAAAAGUGGUUCCCGCGUUUGGCUGGCAUCCGUGGUUUAGCUACCAGUUGUAUGAUGAUUCCCUUCCGGAGUGGGCGUCUUCUGCGGGGCCGUUGACGGGGGAGAUGAAGGAGAAGCACUAUGGUUCUGUGCUGCAGCCUGAGCCGGACAAGAAGUUUAUCACUGCGCUUCCGGAUCCGAUCCCGCUAAGUCAGUUCAUUUCUCAGACUAGGGGGUUUGUUCAGUACCUUCAAGCGGCUGGGAAGCCGGUUCUGAUUGGAGAGGUUGGGCUCGAUAAGGCGUUUAGGAUUCCCUGGCCUUGGGGGUUCCAUCCUCCUAGUCAGGGGCAAGGCUCCCCUUCUCCAAACAAUGAGGAUGAUGGGAAGGGAGAAGAGGGGACUAUGACGCCAGGCGGGAGGGAAGGUCGUAUGCUGAGCCCGUACCACGUGCGCAUGGGACAUCAGCAGGCCGUCUUGCGUGCUCAGUUAAGGUUGGCUGGUGAGCUAGGUGUGCCGGUUAGCGUGCACGGAGUGCAGGUGCACGGGGUGUUGCACGACGUGCUGGCCGGCUUAUGGAAGGGGUUUGAAAAGGAGGUGGUGUCGAGGAGGAAGAUGAAGAUGGUUGCGCCGGGGGCGGAGGAUUAUUUCAGCUCCUCCGAAGAUGAAGAUUAUGAUUACAGUGAUGAUGACGGGGCCUUGGGCAGGAAAGUCAAGCCAAAGCUCGAGAAGAAUCCCAAAUCCUACGUCCCCAAACCCUUCCCCCCGCGCAUUUGCCUGCAUUCUUACUCCUCCUCCCCGCAAAUGCUAACCCAAUAUAUCCACCCCGCCGUCCCGGCUGAAGUGUACUUUUCCUUCUCGACAGCAAUCAACCUGUCCACAGCCGGCGGCGCGUCAAAAUUCCCCGAGGUGGUGCGCGCUUGUCCCGAUGACCGGAUCCUGGUCGAGAGCGAUCUACAUGUGGCGGGGGAGGAGAUGGACCGAGCGCUGGAGGAUAUUUGUAGGAGGGUGUGUGAGGUGAAGGGGUGGGAGUUGGAAGAUGGGGUGCGGAGGUUAAGGGGGAAUUGGGAGAGGUUUGUUUUUGGGUAA